AUGGGCAACCAGCUCGUGGAGCUGCCCGCGGCGGUGAAGGGGCUGCACAGCCUGCGCGCCUUCAAUGUGGCGGAGAAUCGCCUGAAGCAGCUCCCCGCAGGCUUGGGGCAGCUGCGGAGGUUGGAGUGGCUGUUUGCUUACAGCAACCACCUUGCAGAGCUCCCUGCCGGCGUCCUCGGUGGCCCAUCUCUGGAGCGGGCCCUCUUCGAGGCCAACCCCUUGUCGGCCAGUGCCGUGAGGGCGCUGCUGGAGGAGGCCUCGAGGACAUGCGCGCGCACUGUGGGCCUCGACGAAGAGCAGAUGGGCAGGGCGCGAAAAGCAGGGCCGGCGAGCGCCGAGGCGGCGCCCGCCUGCGUGUCGGUGGGGAGCGUAUUGCCCGUGGAAGGCGUUGGCCAGUACUUCACGGGCGUUGCCAGAGGGGGCCCUGCCGCGGAGGCCGCGCCCGCUCGGCUGCUGGUGGUCGCCUUCGCCGCCUCGCAGGGCGAGCCCGAGUGGCACGGCCUGCUGGGCAGGCUCUGCGCCGAGGGCAGGGCGGUGGCGCAGCCGCCCCCCGCCGGGCCGCUGUCCGCCCGCGCCCCUCCGGAACCGCCGGGAGGAGGCGGCGGCUACGCCAAGGAGAGGCGCCUGGCCGGGCUGUGGUCGGACUGCUGCAGGGGCGCCGGGCCAGCGCCCGCGUCGGCCGCAGAGCGGGGCAGCGUGGACCUGGGCGACUUCGACGUCCUGUCCGUGGUCGACCACCGCAUGCGGUGGUACCUGGAGGACUUCGGCGGCCUCCAGGAGGCCCUGCGGCAGGUGGUCGCCCGCUACGACCGGGUCCUGUUCGUGGGCGCAUCCAUGGGCGGCUUUGGCGCUCUGCUCCACGGCGGCCUGCUGGCGGGCGCGGUGGCAGCAUUCGGGCCGCAGGCGGUGCUGCACGAGGCCACGCUGCGGCCGCCGGGGGACGACCUGGCGCACUUGCAGGAGCAGGAGCGGGCGCUGCGGCGGUCCGUGCUCGCCGCGCGCUCCCGCGGCGUGCGCCUCGCGGUCCACUGCGCCUCGGACGAGCACAUGUGGAGCCAGGCGCACGCGCCCGAGGGCCCCGCGCCCCUGCCCUGCGCUCCCCCGCGCGGCAGGUGCACCCGCUCCUUCCGCGCAAGCCGUUCGCGAAGCUGCUCGACAGGGCAGGGCUCCUGCUCCCGAUCGUGUCCGGCGUGGUGCACGACCUGCUGG